GAUGACAUGAAUUUGCAGAGUGCUCUAUGAAUAUGACGCUUUCAAACAAAUUGCUCAACUAUCGAUAGAUCCUUUAUAUAAAGCGUCAACCUGUAAAAAUGAAAAGAAAAGAAAAAGAAACAAAACAAGGAAACCUUUUAAAUAGCCUUUCUUGAAAGGAAGAAAAAAAGUUCAAAAAAAGAACUCCCAAGGCGAGACUCGAACUCGCAACCUUCUGAUGACCUUUUUAAGAGUCAGACGCUCUAAACCGAUUGAGCUACCCGGGACUUGUAUAUUUCCUUUGCUGUUUAAACCGUUUUGUAACGUUUUGUUUUAUUUAUGAACAACAUUGAAUCACUUUGCUUGUUUUUUCUUUUGUUUUUGAAAUAACAAGAAAAGAGCAAAGUUUACCAUUGCGUACUUCAGGAACAAGAGUUUUUUCUUUUUUUUUUUUUUUUUUUUUUUGUAUCUCUAACGUUUUAUAUUUUAUUUUCAAUUGUUCACUUUUUCUUUUUAAAUCCAUUUUCUCUUGUCUUACUGAAAUAAAAAGAAAAAAGUCUGCGUGCGAAAUUGGCCCUUCUCUCCUACAGGUUAGGCUUUCAUUCCUUUCCUUUCCCCUUUCAUUUUAGGUACUUGUUUUACGUUUCCUUUUUUUUUGGUAUUUUUGAACUGUAAAGCAGUUUCUUUCUUUUCUUCAUAACAUUUUUGACGGAAAGCGAAUUACGUCCACCCAGAAAACAAAAUUAUGAACCAGCUGGCUUCUUCGGCUACCAAUAGCCCGGAUACGGCCAAUGGUCUCCAAAGUAUCUUAUCCGGGAAUUCUUUUUUCAGCGCAGGAAUAGGUUUAAUGGGUUUCGGAGCUGGUUUGGCCAUCUUACGGCGUGGUGUCGUAUCUGGCGCAGGUCUCAUCAAACGUCGAAUGCUGGUUUCUGUGGAAAUCCCAAGUAAAGAAAAAAGUUAUAAUGCAUUUCUUCAUUGGAUGGGGACAGUCCCGAAACGAUACUCCAACCAGCUAGCCGUUGAAGCAAGAGGAAGUGCCAAAAGUAUUUUCCAUCCUCCCACCCGUUCCUCCAACCAACCCAGCCCCAGUAGUCUCUUCCAACUCGUCCCCGGACCAGGAAAGCACUUUAUUAAAUACAAGAAAUGCUGGAUUCAGGUCGAGCGCCAACGAAGCAGCCGCCUACAAGACUUGACAACCGGCACUCCAUGGGAAACCAUCACACUUACGACGUUGUCCAGGGAUCGUGGAAUUUUCUCUGAUAUGCUUCUUGAAGCUCAGAAAUUCAUGCAUACUGCUCAGAAAAACAAGACCACAAUAUACACUGCAUGGGCUACUGACUGGAAGCCGUUUGGAUCACCAAGAUCGAAGCGUCUUUUAUCUAGUGUUGUUUUGGAAAAAGAUGUAAAAAAUUUAAUUACUGAAGAUGUUCGAGACUUUUUGGGUAACUAUCAAUGGUAUGCUGACCGAGGAAUCCCCUACCGCCGUGGAUACCUUUUAUAUGGUCCUCCAGGAAGCGGAAAAACCUCUUUCCUCUAUGCCUUGGCCGGUGAACUGGAUUAUGAUAUCUGUGUCUUAAACCUUGCUGAAAGAGGCUUGAGUGACGACAGACUAAAUCACUUACUCUCUAAUGUUCCUCCAAAGUCAAUUGUCCUCCUAGAGGAUGUCGAUUCUGCUUUCCAAGGAAGGGAUCGUUCCGGUGAAAUUGGGUUCCGUGCCAAUGUCACAUUUAGUGGUCUUUUGAAUGCAGUUGACGGUGUAACUUCUGCAGAUGAACGUAUCAUAUUUAUGACAACAAAUCAUCCAGAAAUACUCGAUCCUGCUUUGAUUCGUCCUGGCCGUGUCGAUAUCAAGGCAUAUUUGGGCAAUGCCACUCCUCAGCAGGUACACGAUAUGUUCCGUAGAUUCUAUGGAAGAGAUGAUCCCAUACUAUCUUCUGAACUAAGUAAGAUUGUGUGUGAGAAGAAUACGAGUAUGGCAUCUCUCCAAGGUUUAUUUGUUAUGAACAAAACAUCGCCAGAAGCCGCAUUGGAACUUGCAAAAGAGCUUCCUCAGCUUCCUAAAAGCACUCCCUUUGCAUUUAAUUUACAGAAAAAACCUCUUUCUGUCUAAUUUUGAAAAGCAUGGUCGUUUAUAAUGUCGUUUGCAAUCAUUUUCUUAAUCAGAUACCCUUGAAGCAGUCGACUGUUUGUUAAGAAAUGUCAUUGUCUACAGGCUUAAUACCUUAUAUAAAUCUAUUUUAUAUGUUGUAUGGAUAAUGAGUAAUCACAAAGCUAUACUCUCCAUUCUUGAACUACACUUUAGAUACGUGAAAAAAUGAAGCUUUAUUAAAAAUUCAUAGUUUCUGCUUAAUACAUUUUAUUGAAUUUCUAUGCAUUUCCAUCCUGUUUAU